GUUUCCCUAAACCCUAACCCCAAAUUCCCUGCUUCUUCAAGCUCUAGUUAUUUCUCUUGCUGUACCAAAUUCCCGGCCCGCAGCCUCUUCUAUUCUGUGAAAUGGACGAGAUGAUUGUCUCAGCGAAAAAAGAGGUGCUUAUUGAAAUGGUGAAAUUGGCACAAAAGCGAGGAAUGGUGGGUAGUAAAGGAGGCUGGAAAGAUUUUUUAAAAUUUUAUGACAAGAAGUUUGGCACAAGCUUGAGUGACCCUGCUCGAAGGUCUGUUGGGUCAUUGGCGGCAUUUUUGAAAACUUUUAGCCAAGAGAAUGAUUUGAAGUUUUUCAAUAAAGUGUUGCAGUGUCACUCGAACCAUGAAGCUGUGGAGAAAUUUAAAACGAUUUUUGCAGAUAAUGAAACACCCGAACAGAAGCUGGUCAGUUUGACUCUAAGGCAUCCUCAGUACCCAAGUGAUUACUCUUUGCCAUCAUACGAUGAUGACUGGUUGAUUGUGAAGUGCAGUAAAAAGUCCAAGGUGAUGAAGUCAACAAUAAUGGUUGCCAUUGAUUGUGAGAUGGUUCUCUGUGAAGAUGGCACCGAAGCUUUAGUGAGGGUGUGUGCUGUGGACCGCAAUUUACAGGUUAAACUUGAUGCAUUUGUGAACCCCAAUAAAGCUAUUGCAGAUUACCGUACGGAGAUAACUGGAAUCUCUGCAAAAGAUUUAGAUGGAGUAACUUGUUCAUUGGCAGAUGUACAGAAAUCAAUGAAGAAGUUAUUAUCACAUGGAACAAUUUUAGUUGGCCACAGUCUAAGCAAUGAUCUUCAAGCACUGAAGUUAGAGUACACUAGAGUAAUUGACACAUCUUACGUUUUCAAAUAUGCAAAUAGACCUGCUAACAAAAAGCCUUCCUUGAGUUCAUUGUGCAAGGCUGUUUUAGGUUAUGAGCUUCGGAAAGAGGGGAGUCCACAUAACUGUCUAGAUGAUGCCUGUGCUGCAAUGAAACUUGUUCUAGCUAGAUUUGAACAAUCAGCUAAUGGUGUUAUUUCCGAGGAGGUGAAAGAUGUAGAUACAGCCAAGCUGCUGCUUCACAGGAUUCCAAUUAAUAUUUCUACUAAAGAUUUAAAGAUUGUUAUUCCUGGAAACUUUGAGAUUGAAGUAAAGACAGGCAAAAAAGUUCGAGAUCUAUAUUCUGCCUUUGCAAUUUUUGAAAAUCAGCAAAAGGCCAAUGAAACAUUUGAUAAUCUUCAGGGCGAUCUAGAGAAGGACUCCUCUGGACGACCUCAGAAAUGCUUCACCUUCGAGCUCAGUACAGGGACACCGGCCAGUUUUUAUGUUUGCAAGAUGGCUCGUGAUGAUUCUGUUAGUCAAUUUACAGCAACGAAUAAGAGGUCCUUAGAAGAUGAGAACAACUUGAGCACAAAGAAGUCAAGGAAAGACCAGAUAUGUGAACAGCCUGAGGAGCUGGAUUCAAGUUCAAAUCUAUCGGAAGAGAUCGGAAGAUUGAAGCAAGAGCUUAGACAAAGAGACGAGGAAAUAUCAAACUUGAACAAAAUAAUAGUCGCACUUGCUAGGAAACAAGGAUUACUCUGAACAUACUCAGGAGCACAAGCACGAGCUUUUUGCUAAGCCAGAUCCGAUGAUUUUCAAGAGCGUAUGAGACCUGGCUAUUAAGAACACCCGGUGCUUGCUUUUUGGAGCUUGGGACCAUGACAAGAAAUGGAGAAUUGAACGAAGAUACAUUGUGGAAUAGCUGAAGAUGGUGGAAACUCAUCCGAAAGUAUCUAUUUGGCUCGUGAUUUCUGUUGUAGACUUCUUUGUUGAUACUAUAUGCUAAUAUGCAUAAUCUCAUUAUUUUGUGACAAUAUUGGUGCAUCUUAUUUGUUUUCUUCUGAAGUUACUACAGCAUCUAAUGUUCUAUCUUUGAAUAA